UCACUGACCUUCCCGUUCUCCAAACCCAGACUCUCUCUCUCUCUCUCUCUCUCUCUUCAAUCUCAAAAUCAUCUCUUUGGUUUUCCAUAUUGUGGAUGAACAGUCAUAGACCAUACUGUCUUUCACACCUAGCUCAGCUAGAAUUGAUUGAGUAAUGAUGUAGAGAGAGAAAGAGUAGUGUACUAGUGGUGAGAGAGAUCUUGAAUAUUGAUUCCUUACUUCUCUGUUCUUUUCUCUUUGUGAGUUUGUGUUCAUAUAUAUAUAUAUUUUUUCUUCUUCUUUGCUUUGUGGGAUUUGGUUUGUGAGUUGGGAUUUUUCUGUUUUGGCUUUUUGAUGGGUACAGAGGGAGAAGAAGUUAUCAUCAUAUCCAAAAAAGAGAGAGACUGGGUAAUGGGGAGAGGCAAUACGUUGUCGUACAGUGUUAUUAUACUACAAUACUACUGUACAAGUUGGUCUAGUUUCAGACAUGAGACAGCUUGUUCUUCUUCGUCAUCCACUCUUUGCUUAAAGUAAAAAAAAAAAAAAAAAAAAAAAAAAAAAAAUCCGGGUCCUAACAAUUCAACUUGAUUGAGCUCUUAAAAAAAAAAAAAGAAAGACCCAAAAGUUAUACAAGAAUCUUUCUUAAAUUAAAGAGCUUUUGAUCCAACAAUAAUUAGAUCUUCUACAAGUCAUGAAGAGACUCAGCAGCUCCGAUUCACUGGGUGCCCUAAUGUCCGUCUGCCCAACUACAGAGGAACAAAGUCCGAGGAACAACCAUGUCUACGGCCGAGAUUUCCGGUCGAUGUUGGACGGGUUGGACGAAGAAGGAUGUGUGGAGGAAGCGGGCCAUGUGUCGGAGAAAAAGAGGAGGCUAAGCGUAGAACAAGUUAAGGCGUUGGAGAAGAAUUUCGAAGUUGAGAACAAGCUGGAGCCAGAGAGAAAAGUGAAGCUUGCCCAAGAACUCGGGCUUCAACCAAGACAAGUGGCUGUUUGGUUCCAAAACCGGCGAGCUCGUUGGAAAACCAAACAAUUGGAAAGAGACUACGGCCUCCUCAAAGCCAAUUAUGAUGAUCUUAAGCUCAACUUCGAUGUCCUGCAACGUGACAAUGAUUCUCUCCUCAAAGAGAUAAGAGAAUUGAAAUCCAAACUUCAAGAGGAGAAUUGCACGGAGAGCAAUCUUUCGGUGAAGGAGGAACUGAUCGCGCCAACAGAUUCAGAUCAGAAACAAGCAGUCAUGAAUUCUGAUAACACAUGUCUUAAUCCUCAAUCCGGUCAUCAUGAUCAUCAUCAUGAAUCCAAGGAGCUGAAUUUCGAUCACCAAGAGAGCUUCAACAACAAUAACAACAACAUCAACAACAACAACAACAACAACAACAACAUGUUUGAGGUGUCGAACGUGUUCCCACUGGAUUUCAAAGACGGGUCGUCGGACAGCGACUCUAGCGCGAUCUUGAACGAAGAGAUUACAAACACAAAGAAUGGAGGGAUUUCUCCUCUGCAGACCCACCAACUGAUGAACAUGUCGUCUUCGUCAUCGCCCUCGCCAUCGUCCAUGAACUGCUUGGGCAGCAGUUUCCAGAAAACGACGACGUACCAGCCCCAGUUCGUGAAGAUCGAGGAGCACAACUUCUUCAGCGGAGAAGAGGCCUGCAACUUCUUCUCCGACGAGCAAGCUCCGACUCUUCACUGGUACUGCUCCGGCGAGGAUCAGUGGAACUGAAAACCCAAAAAAAAAAAAAAAGAAAGAAAACCAAGUUCAUUUCUCUGAAUAAGGAAACAAGAGUGAAAUGAAAUCCCACGUGAACUUUUUUUUUUUUUUUUUGUAAAAAAAGGAAAGAAGAAAAAAAAAAGUUUUUAAGGAGUGGGAUUUUGGUUGUAAAUUUGGUUUUCUCAUGAAUCUCUGUUUCUCUCUAUUUUGGAAAGUGCAAGUUCUGAGAGAGAGGAGAGAGUUGGCCAAUGGAAGGUGUUAGUACGAGAAGUGAAGACGUGGGAGCAGUGAGAGUUGCAGAAGAGAGAGAACGAGAUCAGGAGAGAGAAAGGGGUUCACGUGGGGGUUCGGUGGAAGGUGACGAACGAAUUACAGAAGGGCUUUUUUCUUUUUUCAAUCACCUAGCUAGCCGUGCGGGGAAUAUGAUGAUCCUUAGGUCGUAAUUAAAGUUUUAUGAUCUGUAAAAAAAAAAAAAUGAAAAUGAAAAAAAUGGGGAUCCAUAGGGUGAUGAGUAGAAUUAAAUCCUGUAAUGGAGGAAAUAAUCAUCAUUGCCUCGCUUUCUCUAUUAGCUUUCAUCCAUUGGUUUGAUUCUA